AUGACACAGGAUUCAGGAGCUGAUGAGUCUAUAGGUGCCACGCUGAAGGACCGUCUCGAAUAUGCGUUGCUGCCAAAUGGGAUUCGUCAGCAAGAGAAAUUUCUCCCAGCCGGUUCCCUCGAGUCAAUUUGCACCGAAUUGACUGUUUCUACUGAGCUUUCUAGAUACUUCGACAGGGACGAGGCUAGGCAAGUCACAUCAUAUAUAUGUGACCGAACAAAGCCCGCCAAAAAGAUAUUUGCUGCUUUAGUACUCAUAAGUCGCAUCGAGUUAAUCAAGCCCUUCCAAAAUGCGCCGUUUUUCGACGAAGACUUGCCAUUCGCAAAUAAUAUUGAAGAGUCGGCAUUGCGAUCUCGCUGGCCAGGCGAUCAGCGAUCCGUCUUGCUUACCAGAAGCCUCCGGGACAUCAAGGUGAUACGCGACUUUAGCCUCAAACAGUGGUGCGUGAACAUCCCCAUUUUUGAGAGGGACUUCGAUCAGAUCUAUGGUGAUCUAGUGUUUGAUUCGGAUACCAUUAUGCCGUGGGAAUCUGCUGGGCAAAACAUCAUCACUGGAGGGUAUGGAUAUGUUCAAAAGGUCACGAUACACAAAGACCACCAUUCAUUUACUAAAUAUAAGGAUUUUGCAUUGAAGACUGUACUGCCAGCCAAACAACACACCCGAGAUAUUUUCAAGCAGGAGUUGGUCGCCUUUCGCAAGGUCCAUCCCGGACCAAAUCUGGUUGAGCUCGUAUCUGCAUUCGAGAUAUCAGGAAAAGAUCAGUUUAUGCUUUUAUUCCCGUGGGCUGAGGGGGGCACCUUGAGCGACUUGAUGAACGAAUCGUCAAAGGACCUCUUCACUUCCCUGCAGUUGUCGCCAAGAGACUUUGUUCAAUGGGUUACAUCACAAUGCCGUGGCUUGGUCGAAGCUCUUGGGGCAAUCCAUCAAGUCAACGUCGUUCCUAGGAUGGACGAAACCUCCAGUGGCAAAGACAGAAGCUUUGGAAUACACCUUGAUAUCAAACCAGCCAACAUUCUCUACUUCUCUCAGGAAACAGCCAAGCACGCACUCGGUGUUCUCAAAAUUGCAGAUUUUGGCCUCGCCGAGUUUCAUAGUGCAUCUUCGAGAACGCGAAAGAGCCGCGGUUCUGCCUACAGGUGCUCUCAACAAUACCGCUCACCUGAACACGAUAUCGGUUACAUCAUAUCAAGGAAGGUCGAUAUCUGGGCACUGGGUUGUAUUUUCUCCGAGUUGCUCACGUGGAUGCUUCUCAAAUAUGAAGGACGUGAAGAGUUUCGUCAAGCGAGAAAGCAAGAUGCCUUAUUCUCAGGAGACUGGAACUACGUCCAGGAUGGCGAAAACGAUGUCGAGGAUAACUUUUUCCAGAGACAUAUUGAGAUAAACAGGGCGAAGACCUUUCGUCGGCUUCUCCAAGCCAAUCCGAAGUUUGGAUACGUUAAGCAAACCCGGGCUGUAAGAAAAGAGAAAGCAAGCUUGGAUCAAGCAAAUUCCCCUGUCGGCUCCAAACACUUCAAGCAGAUACCAAGGCUCAAGCCCAGCGUGUCACAGGAUUCUAAGAUUCUUUGA